AUGCCUGUUCAAGCCAGAAGAGCAUCUUUCGAGCAUCACAACAUCUAUCAAGAUGUCCAAGCCGAUGCAGAAAAGUCUGGCGUUGCCGUCGACGACGUCGUCACGGCACGAGUCUCCGAAGACCAUCUAAUCACCAAGUCACGUGAGGCCCUGAGACUUAGAUCCAAGGCUGGUUUCCGUAUCUGUUUGCUCAUGAUGGUUAUGGCUGCAAACCAAGCUGCGUACGGUAUCGAUUGGGGUGUCAUUAGCAGUAUCAAUUCUAAUGACUACUGGCAUUCUUACUUUGGGUUUGAGAACAGUGGAUCUACUCUGGGUGUUAUUAAUGCCCUCAUGACCAUUGGCAACUUUUGCGGUGCACCAUUUCUCAGCCUUGGAGAUAAGUUCGGUCGUCGCGCCGUGAACUUCAUCGGUUGUUUCCUUACCAUCGUCGCAUCCAUCAUUCAAUGCUUCUCGCCCAAUGUGAAAGUUUUCAUGUUUGGUCGUUUUGUGCUUGGUUUUGGAACUGCCCUUUGCACCAGCUCUCAAUAUAUUGCUGAAGUUGCCCCUCCUCACCUGCGUGGACACAUCGUCGGUAUCUUUGGUGCUUUUUUCCAAGUCGGAUCCCUGGGUGUCAUUGGUAUUAUGAUGGGUUUCACCCACUGGGAAAACAACUGGAGCUGGAGGGUUGCUUUCCUGAUCCAGGCUAUCUUCCCGCUCUUUGUCUCCGUUACCAUUUACUGGCUCUGCCCCGAGUCUCCUCGGUACAUGGUUAUGAAAGGCCAGAGGGAGAAAGCCCGCAAGAUGAUCUCUGAGUACCUUACUUCCUCAGAGGAUAUCAACCACCCAUUCGUUGACGUCUUGCUUUCUCAAAUCGACGAGUCCAUCGAGACGUCCGCUGUUGGCUUCCGCGCCACAUGGGACUUCCGCGUCUUUUUCACUAGGGCUGUAGGGUUCAGAACAUUUGUCCUUGCUCUUUACUCUGUAUUCCAGCAAUGGAACGGUGGUGGUAUUAUUGGAUUGUACAUGGACCCCGCCCUUCAAACCAUCGGUAUCACCAAGUCACUCGAUGUUUUGGGCAUCACUCUUGGCUCGACCGCGACGUAUUUCGUAUUCACGCUCUUUGGUGCUUACAUCAUUGAGCACUUCCGUCGACGAACUUUGAUCUUCGUAGGCUUGAUCUCCAUCAUCGUCGCCCAAACAGCUGUCACUAUUACCAGUUGGCGAGUGGAAGUUCAAGGAGAUAGAUAUCUUUCUUACCUCACUGUCGUGUGGAUCUUCCUCUUCCAAGUCUGCAGUGCAUCCCUGAUAGCAACCAUGCACAAUUUGUACCCUGUUGAACUCCUCUCUCUUCCGCUAAGGGCAAAGGGUAUGGCCCUGUACACGAUGUUCCAGGGCGCUGCUGGUGUUGUACACAACUACGGUAUUUCGGUAGGCAUUAACAAGAUCGGAUACAAGAUCUGGGCCGUCUAUAUCUGCUACAACUUCAUCCAGCUUAUUAUAGCCUACUUCACCUUUCCUGAAACCAGCAAAUUGAACUUGGAGGAAAUUGAUCAUGUUUUUGAAACCAAGGGCGCCAACCCUAUCAAACUGAGUAUCAAAAUGGGAGACGCUAGAUGGGCCGCUGAGAAGGAGGAUAAGAGACGUGCUCGUCAGGGCGAAACAGUCACCCAUGUUUAA